AUGAUAGCUGAAGAGAAUCCUACUCAACCCGAGGAUGAUGGUUGUGAGGACAUAUUCCAGGAGCACCCCCUCAACCUCGGUGCUUCUCCAACCGGACCUUCUGCCACACCGGUACUCGAAAAGUUGUUCAAUCAGACCGUGGCUGAGUGGAACGCCGACAACAGUUUAGAUUCUCCGUUACGCACUGGAGUGAAUGCUACACGGGCUUCAUCUAUGAUGACGCCAUCGUCCAUAAGUUCGAUUCAAUUGGAUGCACAGCCUUUUCCUUUCGAAGACGGUCAACUAUGGGAACCUAGAUCGCCUAUCAUGGAUAUGGAUAACUUUCCUUUUUCAAGAGAAACGUCCCCCAGGAGUCCUUGCAGCAGUGACGAAUCGGACGACAUGGGACAAGCUACAUUUGAAUGGACAAUACCACCUGCAAAGAGUGACAUCUUUGAAUUGCACAUGAACGCUGAGUAG